CUGACCGAUGCUCUCUACUCCGUUUGCAUCCUCUAAAAACCCUAAAAACAGUCUCGCAAGCCCCCAUUUGCAUUGUCGAGCUGCUAUAUUUCUGCAGAUCUUAAGCUUCCAAAAAUGAAGAUUGUCGCCGCGUAUCUGUUGGCCGUGUUGGGAGGAAAAAUCGCCCCUUCUGCCGAUGACUUGAAGGACAUCCUUGGAUCAGUUGGGGCUGAAGCCGAUGAUGAUAGGAUUGAGCUACUCCUUUCUGAAGUUAAGGGCAAGGAUAUUACAGAGCUUAUUGCAUCUGGAAGAGAAAAAUUGGCUUCAGUGCCUUCUGGUGGUGGUGCUGCCAUUGCUGUAGCUGCAGGUGGUGGUGUAGCUGCAGCAGCCGCACCAGCUGCAGCUGAACCAAAGAAAGAGGAGAAAGUGGAAGAGAAGGAGGAGUCUGAUGAUGACAUGGGCUUUAGUCUUUUCGACUAAGAGACUUGGCUGCUUCUUUCUUGUACCAAACUUUUUCCUCUUAUUUAGAGUUUUGGUUAAAUGCUAAAGUUUUUGGUCUGCAGAGUCGAUGUAGUUCUUGAUCUUGUCAAGACUUGGGGGGGGGGGUGUUCUUUUGGUCUAGUUAAAAUAGAUGAGAGUGAGUGCAAAUAUGGUCUGAUUGAUAAUAUUCAGUAAUUUUUGAGUUAAUUUACUAGAAUCCAAUUAUGGAUCCUAUGACUUGUGAUGGUAGUUUUAAUGAAUGAACGCUGUGAUAGUCGUGAUCUGCCCAA